AAGUCACCAUCACUUUUCAAAAAGACGCACUCGCCAGCGACAUCAAAACCGAAAACAACAACACAAGAUGGCUUUUCAACCACCGACAGCCCGGCAAGAGCUUCAGAACCGCAAGAUUCUCGAGGAGCUACAGCAGAAGAAACAGCUGCUCCUCAAGCAGGGCCAAGUGAACGCAAGCCCAGCGGCGCUACCUUCUGCGGCGACAGCCAACACGACCGACGCCCACGCACUGACCACAUCGCAGAGGACCGCGCUUCAACAUGCCCACUCCAGUUCCGUCGGUUUCUUCAUACCGCAGGACUCUUCAUUUGGAAAUUUAAUACUGCCUGUAUUGCCACGGUUCGACAAGUGAUUGUCGAUCGCUAGCAAUACGACCUUCAGGACAGCAAGUGUUCUCAGCGUCUCGCCUUCUUUAUUAUCAGAAAAUGGAAUGCAACGUGAUACAUAACUGACGAACUUGUAAUGUGUCGCCCAUUCGCUCUCUUGUAGCGCCGAAAGCAACUUCAAUUCUUUGGCACGCUUUGUUCGAGUGUGCCCCAGAACAACCUGGUUACAUGGCCCAGUCUUUGUAAACAUCAGACCUAAGUCUACAUUUUAGUCUUGCAUGAAUGUAUGUAGCUCCUCCUCACCAAUGACAACUUACGAAUUCGCGAGCAUUUAGUAAUGCAGCACUUACGGUGCCUACUGGUGUAAAGGUUGUUUUAUCAAGCAACUCUUCACAACACUAUCUCUAAGAAGCAUUAGUGAAGCACGACAACGUAGGUCAAAAGGGAUGUUGCUUGCCACUGCGUUCGGCCGCAAUCAUUCAUGAAGUAGUGGAACAAUACGAUUCUUGUCAGCGCACUCAGUUGGGCUAACUGGUUCUGCAUGACGGUGAGACGGGGCACGCACAGUGCAAAUGUCAACUUAUUUCGAGUAACGAGGGUAGGAUCACAAGCUUAGAAAUUCACCACCACAUGUUAAACGCUUGGCUUACGAACACCUGAUUGGGCCUAAGCUUGAAUGCGCUUCUCUAAUGUGGGACCCGUACACCAACGUCAACGCGCUUGAAAAAAUCCAGCGAGAGGCUGUGCGGUUUAUUUUUGCUUAAUAUGGCCCCCAGUUUUUUUGUUACAUCAUUUAUGGAAUCCCAACAGGUUUUUUCAUUGCAAUCCAGGCGAAGCGAUCAACACCUUAAAUUUUUAUAUUCCUUGCUAAAUCGGAAGCUGUGGCUUGACCCACCAUCAUGCUUAUCUCCACUUUCAUCACGGUGCACUCAUUGCACUGGUUUGCUUUAACUCCCUAUUUUGCCGAAACAAAUAUUUAAAUUUUCAUUUUUUCCACUAACGACUUCUGAUUAGAAUGAUCUCUCUCCUGACCAACUGAUGUCCAAUUCCAAUGGCAGAUCCAGAUCAAGUUUUUCUGCUUUGGGUGGAGUAAUCACAUUCCAAUGGCGGAUUGGGAGCAUGAGUUGUGUGUUUCAAUGGCAGAUUGAGAGCAGCCGCAGAUCACCGAUUACUCCGUGGAGCAAGAAUUUCUGCUCCGCCGAAAUCGGCGGAUUUGACUGGAAGUUCAAGUGUGCGCCCGCCUUUCAUCCAAUCACCAAUGAAUGUCCGGAAAACGCUUUGCACUCCCUCGCUACCUCUCGUGCUUCCUCCCUAGUCCCCUCACCAACAGCUCCCAUCUAGACACGCACGUUUCAAUCACAGAUUUGGCGAGAGCGAUCCUGCUCAGAUCUGCGCGCUCCAUUUGCAGUCCGGCCCAGCGCUUGAAGUCUGCCAUUGUAAUUCAACACGAGGUCCUAGCGCACUCGAAUGCCUCCUCCUGGCUUGCUUUCUAAUCAGUUUAUUUUACCGGGGAUAAUAAUUGGUUCCAUUUCAUUUAUUUGAUGAUUUCUGUGACUGUUACUAUAUUCACAGGUAUUUAUUUGUAUUGCCUUUUCACAACCCGUAUUACUUUUACUUUCAUUUCUUUCAGAUUCUGUUUGUAUUAUUGCUUGUUAUCCUUCUCUUCAUCGUGACAGCGUUGAGAGCUCAUGUCGCAGAAAUUUCGCCGGCACCGUUGGUUGCGAGCGAAAAAUCGAGAAAAGCAAAUAAAAUGAUGAAUAAAAUUUCCGGUCCCAUUGAGAAUCGAAUUCGGGCCGUUCGCGUGCCAAGCAGGUGUCCUACCACAAAGCCACGAUGUUACUUGCAGCUGCUUUGGGAAAAAAACACUACAUAAAUGCUACGUAGUGGAAGGAGUCUCCUUAACGCAGUUUGUUCGACAGGUAUCACGACGAAAGUGAGCCCAUUCGGUGAUUUGUAGGCAAAUUUGGGAGGCCAUCUGACUAUGUCGAAAAAGGUCGGGAUGGUGUAGCUAUCACUGCUAAAAACACACAGGAACUUUCAAAACAGCUCUAAAAAUUUCUUGUACGGGCCAGGCGGCCUGCAGUAUUUCUGUAAAUAAAAAUAAAUUUACAUGCUGAAGCAAAUGACAGCUAGUGCUCAGCAAUAUGUAAAACGCAGGCCUUAAGUCACAUGCUUCAACGCAUGCACCUGAUGUGCCCCUUUAUUUCGAAUAAUCAAGUUCGAAGUUCCGCUGCCGAUGUUACGAUCCCUGCACCCAAUCAGUGAGAAUGCUAAAUUGCAUUGAGUAUGCUUUGAGGUUUUAAUUUCUAUUUCACCUGCUGUGAUAGUUUAAUGACCACGGCGCUACACUGCUAAGCUCAAGGUAGCAUGUUCAAAUACUGACAAUGGAGUGAAAAGGCAAAGAACAGCCAUGUACUUAAGUCUAGAUUUAAAUUGACUAACCCUUUGUAGUAAAAGUUGUCAAUCCUCUCUACCCUCAACAUUGCGACACGUUUUGAGAGCAUAUCGCGGUGUUUGCCAGCAAAACAACACCCUUUUGCAUCAUAGGUCACAAUUUACUGUGACUAACCAGAGAUCAUUUUUCAGUAUUACCAAAACUUUCACAUUAGUCUGGUGUCUUUGAUAGAAACUCUUUCGUAAGGUUUUUCAACUGAAGGAUAGAACCUUUCACCAGCAUUGAGUUUUUUCAGCUGAAAACUUGCUUCAACAUGUGGGUCUACCAGGUUGCUGUGAGCAAACUCGAAUCGCUUUUAACUUUGUGCUCUGACAUGACAAUUCGCAGAACGGUGCGAGAAGUACAAAGAUGACCUAAAAUAAAGGAAGUAAGCCUCUGCGUCUAUCCUUUGUGCGCAAGUGACAAGCUGAAUGUGUGUGUGUGUAUAUACAUGAAAAAUGCUUACACAUUCAAUUAAGUGAAGUUUGAUUUUGCUAUGAAACGAAUGAAAUGCAAAUAAAAAGCUCCAACCUAAAA